AUGCUCUACCACGACGGUAUGGGUCCUGGGAACUCAUCGGUUCGAUGGGCCUUGGCGUCCUGGGUCCUCUGCGCUUACCUCGCCACAGCAGUCGCCAAAGAUCAAAAAGGCAUGAAGUUCGGCGACAUGGAUGAGGAGGAGAAGACAAGAAUUUGCUAUAAUUUCACGGUUGGAGACUCGGAGCGUAGAGAGUUCUACUCACCUCUGUUCAACCUUUCCGGUGGGACGUAUCCCAACAAUACUGAAUGCAUCAAACGAAUAUCUGCACCACUCAAUCAUAUGGUCCGCUUAGAAUUUCGGGAUCAAUUCCAUUUAGAGGAGAGCCCUUCGUGUGAGUUCGAUAGGCUAGAAGUUCACAACGGCGGCCAUGGAUACUCUCCACUGGCCGGCACGUUCUGCGGCCGGGAAUUCCCCAAACCCAUACAGAGCGAAGGUCGCGAACUCUACCUGAGGUUCACCUCGGACGCGUCCAUCGAGUAUGUCGGCUUCAAAGCUGUGUACAGUUUCAUUCCAGCACCGAGAUUAGAGCCCCCUGAAGAGUGCAAAUUCCAUCGUGGUGGCGAAAAUGGCCGAGUUACGUAUGCGGACAUCAGCAAUACCAUCAUCCAACACGCCAACGAAACGUUGACUGCCAUUGAUUGCACGUGGACCAUUCGUGUACAGAAUGGCUCGAAGAUCUACCUCACGUUCCCGCUGUACGAACUGGUCCAACCUAACAACUGCCAGACCAAUUUCCUCGACAUCAUAUCUGGGGGCACUAAACAAGACAGAUUGAAUCACUUUUGUGGGACAAUAGCUGAACCGACAACCUCGGUGACCAACGAGGUGCAGAUUCGCUUCUUUGCGCAAGGCAUUCUACUGAGACAGAGCAAGUUGCCCAAGUUAGAGGUGCUCUACACAGCCUUUAGAGAAGUCAACGAUCCCAAAGACUGCAACCCGAUGACGGAGUUCUCUUGUGACGACGGUUGGUGCAUCAGCAGUAAAUUGACGUGUGACGGUGACUUCAAUUGCAAAUACCGAUACGAUGAGGAUGCCAGCCGCUGCUCACAGAGCUCUGGUAUAUUCCUUGUGCUGACUUCUGACCACAUGAUCAUCAUCCUGGUGGUGUUCACGGCAUUAGUGAUGGGAAUGUGUGCAUCCAUCACGAUUACUUGCUACAAUAAGAUCCAGGAGAGACGCGAAAGGGAGAGGGAGUACAAAAUCCGGAGGAGUAAGGAGGUGUCAAUGGAGAUCGGCUUGGCCCCGCCUGCAGCCCCAUCGUCAGAACUGGAAGCCGCGCUGGCAGCCGAAAUUCGGCUGCGGAAACAGCAUCAGGGACAACUGGUUGAUGACGAUGAUGGUCGCUACCUUCCCGACGUCGACCUUCAAGCAUUCCGUAAGCAUCCUAACGGCGUGCUCAUAAUGGCGGGUUCAGGACCCGUCUGCACAGAGGGCGAUCGCCAGAGCCUUGGAGACCGUCAAUCGGUCAAAUCGGUUCCCCUCUGUCCCCAGCAUGGCCAUGGGGUGUAUAGAGACAACGCCCACAAUCGAGACUCACUAACACCGCCGAUCCCGCCCCCACCUCCGCCACCCCUUCAGGCGUACUACCGGAUGCGCGAUUCGCCAGCGAACGAGAUGAGCGGUCGAUGGUCCCCCUUGGAAGACUCGACUAUGGCUUCCAGCCCCCAGGGUCAAUCCCUGAACGGCGAGACGGGCCGACCUGACCUCGUGGCGCUCCGCUAG